AUGUCUGCCUCAGCUUCACAAGUGAAGCUGUCUCCAGACCAUUGUGGCAUAUUCCAUCUCCCGGGUGUCACGAAAGAAUCUGCGGCCAAGGCAUCCGAAGUCUUGCAGGAGGACCUCGAGAACCACCAUUGUUUCUUCAAUGCGUCUGGUUUCCACAAUCACAUUCCUCAUCACAUUCUUACAUUGUAUGCUCUCGGCGCGGGUCCGGAGCUGAUACAGAAGCAUUAUGAAAGCAACAAACAAUAUCAACGACCCCUGCAGCCAAUCACCGACUCCAUACUGGAGGAUCUUCAUGAUAACGAGAAGUUUCGAGAGUAUUUGGGCAGCGGUCGCUAUUACCAUGAGUGGCUUGUCUUCUUUCAAGGCGAGAUAGACAGGAAAGGCUACGAGGUGGUCAUCAAUGAGUAUUGCUUGAAAGGUGAUGAGCGGGCAGAUGAUAUGCUCGUACGCCUACACGGCGGCUUCGGAGUCGAAUUUGAACAGCCAGCAAUCGUUGCUGAAGCUCUUGCUCAAGCAGCCGUACAUGAGUCAUGGCUAGGGCCUUUCAUGCUCGAUGCUGAGAAAGCGGCCACUUCAACCGGUAAAGGCAAGCCGAUGGUAGAGCUAUUGGAUGAAGUACGUGCAAACAAAAAACUCAGUGAAGCCGCCCAGUGGGACGACUCGAACAAAAUCCGAGAUGGUAUUCUGGUCCGUGCACCCGAUGAGAUGAUAAGCAUCGCCAAAGAAUGGAAGGUAAUGCCAGGUGCAGUAAUCGAGAAGACAGGCGAAAUGACGAACGCGGCCGUCUAUUAUACCGGAGGAGCCCAGUAUCCACCAAAGCCGAUAAAAUUCGACUUUUACUACAUUCACUGCGUCAAUUGCUCAAUAUUUUAUGACGCAUUCUCAAAGCAGGCGACUUGGAUAACCGACGAGAAUAAGGCUCGUCUCUUGGAGUGGAAAGGACGAUUCGACCUCUGUAUGUAUGCUUCCAGAAGGUCACCAAAGCCGAGAACGGACAUCAUCAACGAAUAUGAACCUAAGCACCCGGAAACAGCGAAAGACACUGUUGUUGAAAAGCAUUCUUGGGACGGCAUUGUCACCCGUGUACUCCACCUCGACGACGAUGGCCAUGCUGCCAAACUCGUCAGAGCUCUCGCACACGCGGAGAACAUCUGUGCAGCGUAUAGUAUGAACGACCCUCUUUUCCGUAUCAAAGGCGACAUGUGGUUGCAGCUCGGGCAUAUGGGUAAGCUUCCACAGGAUCACUCCUGGGAUUGGCUGACCAUAUUCUUAGCGAUCGACAGUGUAGAAGGCGCAGAAAACACUGGAGGUGCUUGGGUCAGAUCAGCAGGAUUCCCACAAGCUUGGGAGCAGUAA